GAGGGUGUUUUUGCCACGUCGGCCGCCGUAGCGCUGAAAGACUACACAUCCCAUCCCAAACAGGGAUAAUAUUAACAUUUGUAUGUAUAAAAUAAUCAGAAUUUGAGAUACACAGUACACCGAAUACAACGCACACCCACAAUGAAGCUAAAAGAAAUUCAGAGAACAGCCAAUCAGGCAUGGAGCCCUGCAUCCCAGCAUCCUACCUACUUAGCAACAGGUACAUCUGCCCAACAGCUAGAUGCAUCUUUUAGUACAAGUGCGGCCCUGGAGAUUUUUGAACUGGAUUUCUCAGAUCCUUCACUAGACAUGAAGUUAAGCGGUUCCCUUUCAACCACAAACAGGUUUCACAGCCUGAUCUGGGUGAAUUUCGGCGCAGUCACAGCAGGAUCCUCAGGGAUGCUUGUGGGUGGGGGUGACAAUGGAGCUGUCACUCUGUACAAUCCAACACAAAUACUGGCUUCAGAAAAAGAGGCCAUCGUAGGACAAAGUGAGAAGCAUACAGGCCCUGUCCGGGCCCUUGACUUCAACCCCUUUAAGAGUAACCUUUUGGCCUCUGGAGCCAAUGAUUCAGAGAUCUAUAUCUGGGACUUGAAUAACUUUUGUAAUCCAAUGACACCAGGGGCAAAGUCACAACCUCUUGAAGAUGUCAGUGUUGUUGCCUGGAAUAGGCAGGUGCAGCACAUCCUUGCUUCGGCUCACCCCAGUGGUAAGGCAGUUGUGUGGGACCUGAGAAAAAAUGAACCCAUCAUUAAAAUCAGUGAUCACAGCAACAGAAUGCAUUGCUCUGGGAUGUUGUGGCACCCUGAAGUGGCCACUCAGCUGGUGCUGGCAUCAGAAGAUGAUCGCCUUCCAGUAGUCCAGAUAUGGGACCUGCGGUUUGCCUCUUCUCCUCUAAAAUUGCUGGAGAACCACACAAGAGGGAUUCUGUCUAUUUCCUGGAGCCAGGCUGACCCAGAGCUGCUGCUCAGUAGUGCUAAAGACAACAGGAUUUUGUGCUGGAAUCCAGGAACAGGAGAGGUGAUUUAUGAGUUGCCAACAAGCAGCCAGUGGUGCUUCGAUGUCCAGUGGUGUCCCAGGAAUCCUGCCAUUCUCUCUGCUGCCUCAUUUGAUGGUCGGAUAAGCAUUUACUCAGUAAUGGGAGGAAGCCUAGAUGCUCAAGGACAAGGCCAUGUUGAUAAGAUGUCUUCCUCGUUUGAUGCCAUGGACCCUUUUGGAACUGGGCAGUCCCUCCCUCCUCUACAGGUUCCUCAGAAGGUGGCCAAGACAAAAGUCAUUCUUCCUCUUAAAAAGCCUCCUAAAUGGAUCAGGAGGCCUGUGGGGGCAUCAUUUGCAUUUGGUGGGAAGCUGAUAACCUUUGAAAAUGCCAAGCCAGCACAACAGCAAGUGCCACAGCCCAAUCCACGUCACGUGUUCAUCAGCCAGGUUAUCACAGAAACUGAGUUCCUCCAACGCUCCAGCGAGCUCCAGUCAGCACUGCACACUGGAAGUUUCUCCAGCUUCUGCGAAGCCAAGAUUCAGAAGGCAGCAACAGACUCUGAAAAGAACAUCUGGAGCUUCUUAAAGGUUAACUUUGAAGAUGAUGCUCGUAGCAAAUUCUUACGACUCCUGGGCUACAGUAAAGAAGAACUGGAGAAAAAGAUUGCCUCUUUCUUAGGAAAAAGUCUACAGCCUAACAGUAAUGGGGUUGAUGCUAAUGAUCUUGCAGAAAAAAUACAACUUUUAUCUGCUCAGAGAUCAGACGAAUCCAGUGCCGCAGGAGAUACUUCAUCAUCCCCCACAUCCUCAACACAGUCUGACUUUUUCAGCAAUCUUCCCAAUGACAAGCCCAAAUUUCAGAUUUCUACAACCACAGAUACCGAUGGUCUGAUCAGCCAAGCACUCCUAGUAGGUAAUUUUGAAGGGGCCGUCGAGCUCUGUCUUAACGAUGCCCGCUUUGCUGAUGCUGUUAUCCUGGCUAUUAGUGGUGGAGAGGAGCUGUUGAAGGAAACCCAGCAGAGAUAUCUAGCAAAGCAGAAAACCGACAUUUCAGUGCUUGUGUCCUCCAUAGUUAACCGUAACUGGACAGAUAUUGUUCAGUCAUGUGAUUUAGAAAACUGGAAGGAAGCCUUAGCUGCCCUCCUGACUUAUGCACGUCCUGAGGAAUUCUCGGAGCUGUGUGGUAUUCUGGGGUCUCGUCUGGAGCGUGAAAGAGAAGAGAGGAUGUGUCUUCGGGCCUGUCUGUGUUAUAUCUGCUCCGGGAACACUGAGAAACUGGUAGACUGCUGGGUACUGAAAAAUGAUACCUCAUCACCUUUGGCUUUAGAGGAUCUGGUAGAGACGGUAAUGGUUUUACGCAAAUCGAUUGAACAGCUUCGUGGUGGUGAUAUGGUAACUCAGAGUGCUGUCCUGGCAGAGAAACUGACUCAGUAUGCCAAUCUGUUAGCAGCUCAAGGGAGUCUUGCUGCAGCCAUGAGUUAUCUGCCUGCAAGCAGCAGUCAGGCUUUAAUCAUGCAGUUGCGGGACAGACUGUUUCAUGCUCAGGGAGAGGCUGUUGCAGGUCAACAACCUCCUCCCUUCCCUUACAACAGAGUCCAGGUGGGGGGAGGCGCUCGCCCUGUUUCUACAGCGCAAGCCCAGCAAUCGGGCCACAGAACCCAGCAGCAGCCUGCAUUUCAUCCUCAGAUGCAACCUUCAGGGCAGCCUCCAGUUUUCACUCCACAGCCGAUGUCAGCAGACUCAGUGCCACACUCUGGUAUGCCAGCUAUUUCCCAUGGACCUCCAGCCAGCAUGUUCUCCAGACCACAGUACCCUCGACACCCUGCCACUGCUUCAGCAUUCUCUCAACCUUUCAGCCAGCUAGGAGGGCCUCCAAGUGGACAAGCAGCUUUUCCUACCCAUCCUUAUCUAUUGGGACCUGAGCCGCAUGCAGCACAGCCCAGUGGCCUACAGUCAAUGCCUGGCCCCACUGUGUCAGGGCCUACCUUUAGGCCUGCCUCUGUUCCCUUUUACCAGCCCUCUGGUCCUCUCCCGCCAUCCUCCCAGGCGGCUGGUCUUCCACCAAUGUUCUCAGGCGGUGCUCGCACUGCGACCUCCAUGCCAGCCUCACAGCCUCCCACAACCUAUCCACUGGGACCAGGAUACCCACAGGGUGGCCCAGGAGCUCCUGCUGCCAAGACCUUCGCUGCUGCUUCUCUUCCUCCCCCUCCCACAGGAUACUUUCCGUGGCUGGAGAACCGUUGUGAUGAUGAAGGCUCUCAAGAAGGAUGGAAUGAUCCUCCAAACGUGCGAGGAGGGCCAAGGAAGAAAAAGCUUCAUGAGAACUACACCCUACCAGCCCCCAUCACAUCGCCUGUCAUGAACUUCCCUAUGGAACACAAAGCACUCCAACCUCAGGCCUCUCUAUCUCAGGACACUAUUCAGGCAUCACCAGGGGCACCUAAAGAAGCCAAUAUCCAGACUCUUCAUCAACUACCAGCAGAGAAGAUUGAAAAGAAGGAUAUUCCACAAGAGCAUCUAAUGUUAAAGACAACCUUUGAUGGACUGCUAAAGCGCUGCUUCCUAGCUGCUGGUGACCCGCAAACGAAGAGAAAACUUGAUGAUGCUUUGAAGAGGCUGGAAUACCUCUACGACAAGCUGAGAGAGCAAGUGCUUACUCCUAACGUCCUCCGGGGACUGCAUGAGAUUGGACGCUGCAUUGAGGGUCGAAACUACCAGCAAGCACUUGCAGUCCACACUCAAAUUGUUAGCAGCAGCAAUUUCAGUGACAUUUCUGCAUUCAUGCCCAUCCUUAAAGUAGUAAUGACAAUUGCUAAUAAGCUCAGUAUCUGAGGAUAAAGAACUAAAAUAAAACCAUGCAAACAGUUGUGAUGUCCUUGCAGUACAAAGCUUUAUAUAUUUGACAGUGGUAUGUGGUUACUUUAAAAUUCAUGCUGUUGAAGUUUUAAUAGCUAUUCUAGAAAUGAAUGUGAACUACUGUAGUUACAGCAAACAUUCAGAAGUAAAAUUAUCAAAGUAAAAAAAGUGUUGGCUUCUAACUGGAGCACAUUUCUUUACACAUUAAAUUUAAAAAAUAUAUAUAUAUAUAUAUUCAAAAUGGGUUACGUACUAUUGAACUUCUAUUUAUGUUUAAAAAGUACUCCAGAGAAAUUUUAAAUCUGUAGCAAACCAUUGUAAGGUGUAUGGUUUAAAAU